AUGGGACUCGGUCCCCACCCGGCCAGCCGGCACAGCGCGGGGACACCAGACAUUGGGGUGCUGCCCCUCUCCCUGACGCCAGUCGCGCUUCUCCUCUUCCUCCUCCUUGGCCCCACCGGCGCCAUUUCUGAGUCCUCGCUGUUGCCAUUCCCAGAGAUUCGACUUGCCAAUGGGCCCAGCCGGUGCCAGGGGCGCGUGGAAAUCCUCUACAAUGGCUCCUGGGGGACAGUCUGCGAUGACGACUGGGACAUCGUGGACGCCAACGUGGUGUGUCGCCAGCUGGGCUGCGGCCACGCCAUCACCCUCCCAGCCGCCAUGACCUUCGGCCAAGGGAGCGGACCCAUCUUCUUGGACAAUGUGGACUGCAAGGGCUGGGAGGCGGCCUUGAGCGAGUGCUGGAGCCAUGGCUGGGGCAUCCACAACUGCUAUCACUAUGAGGACGUGGCUGUUGUGUGCAAUGAGCUCUCGCCCACGCAAGCCAGUGAAGGACCGACCAGCAGGACCCUCACAGCCUCGGUACAGGAUGGGGAAAGUGACGGCAGCAUCCGUCUUGUGAGCGGGAGCGACACCUGCCAAGGCCGUGUGGAGAUCUUCUACCGCGGGAGCUGGGGCACCGUCUGUGAUGAUGACUGGGGGCUGAGUGACGCCAGUGUGGUCUGCAAGCAGGUGGGCUGCGGCCAAGCCCUGGAUUACAAGAGCAAUGCCUAUUUCGGCUACGGCACGGGGCGCAUCCUCCUGGACAACGUCAACUGCGAGGGCAGCGAGCCCUUCCUCGCUGCCUGCUACAGUCUCGGCUGGGGUAUCCACAACUGUGGCCACCACGAGGACGCUGGGGUCAUCUGCACAGGGCUGGACACAUCCACCAUCACAUCUUUCACCACCUCAGUGUCCCUGGACUAUGAAGAGACACUCACUGCCACGGCCACAGUGACAGACAUCAGGGACCAGCCCUCCCAGGCCACCGAGGUGGUCACCACUGCUCUCCCCACCGUCGAGCAGGAAAGUGGCGACGUGAGGCUGGCAAACGGGAACGGGAGCUGCCGCGGGCGGGUGGAGGUGCAGCACCGCGGCACCUGGGGCACCGUCUGCGACGACGACUGGGACUUCCCCGACGCCCAGGUGGUGUGUCGGCAGCUGGGCUGCGGUGCCGCCCUCGCCGCCACCAUCCUGGGCUCCUUCGGCUACGGCCGUGGGCCCGUCCUGCUGGAUAACGUGGGCUGUGGCGGUGGCGAGGCUCGCCUGGCCGAUUGCUUCCACCUGGGCUGGGGACAGCACAACUGCGGCCACCAUGAGGACGCCGGGGUCAUUUGUCGAGGUGCUGAUGACUCAGGAGACCAUUUCCAGGAAGCCACCACUACAACCACCACGUUAACCCUGACCCGUCCCAAGGACGGGUCCCUGCGGCUGGUGAACGGCAGCCACCGCUGCGAGGGGCGCGUGGAGAUGUUCUACCUGUCUCAGUGGGGGACCGUGUGUGACGACGCCUGGGACCUGCGGGACGCCAAGGUGGUGUGCAGGCAGCUGGGCUGCGGGCACGCCAUGGCGGCCUGGGGGGAGGCACGGUACGGCCGGGGCACAGGAUACAUCUUCCUCGACAACCUCAAGUGCAAGGGCAACGAGCCCUCGCUGCUGCGCUGCUCCCACAUCCGCUGGGAUGUCCACAACUGUGACCACUCCGAGGAUGCUGGUGCUGCCUGUGGCAUCCUAUGACCGCCCACCUGCUGGGACCCUCGCGCAGGUACAGGGGGACAGCGGGCGACAGUGCCCGUGGAGAGAUGCAGAGCAGGUCCCGGCUGCUCCCUCCACCACACACACUCCUCUAUUUGUGCAAUUCUUCUGUUAAUAAUAGAUUGUGCACAUUCCUGGGUGUUUGUUUUUCUUCCCCUCAUUUUUUCUU